GCCAGCUGUUAGCAGCAACUCUGAAGGCAAGGAGGAAGAAACACCCUUCCACUUUGAUGCCAGGGGCACAGCUGUACCAGGGAGCGAGGGUGACACUGAGCAAAGAGCUGGGAGCAGAGGACCAGACUGUCAUCAGAUUCACCAUGGACUCUCUGAUUGCUGCAAACACCAAAUUUUGCUUUGAUCUUUUCCAAAAGAUCAGCAAAGAUGAUUAUCAUAAGAACAUCUUCUUCUGUCCACUGAGCCUCUCGGCUGCCCUUGGCAUGGUCCGCCUGGGGGCCAGAAGUGACAGUGCCCGGCAGAUCGACCAGGUACUACACUUCAAUGAGUUUUCGCAGAAUGAGACCAAAGGACCUGACCCCUGUCUGAAAAGCAAAAAACGAGAAAGGCAUGUCGACAACUCUCUGGAAGGGCAGAAAAAAGAAACGACAGGCUCUCUGACUCUGCAGGCUGAGUCUUCAAACAACGAGAGUGGGCUGCUCAGCUGCUACUUUGGGCAGCUUCUUUCCAGAUUAGACAGGAUCAGAGUUGAUUACACCCUGAGCGUUGCCAACCGACUUUAUGGAGAGCAGGAAUUCCCAAUCUGUCCGGAAUACUUAAAUGAUGUGAUUCAGUUUUACCAUACAACCAUUGAAAGUGUUGAUUUCCGGAAAGACACUGAAAAAUCCAGACAAGAGAUUAACUUCUGGGUUGAAUGUCAGUCCCAAGGUAAAAUCAAGGAACUCUUCAGCAAGGACACUCUCAACAACGCAACGGUGCUGGUGUUGGUGAAUGCUGUUUACUUCAAGGCCAAGUGGGACAAAUACUUUGACUGUGAAAACACGGUGGAUGCACUUUUCUCUCUAAAUGAGAACGAGAAGAAGAGUGUAAAGAUGAUGAAUCAAAAAGGUCUAUUUAGAAUUGGCUUCAUAGAGGAGCUGAAGGCGCAGAUCCUUGAACUGAGGUAUACCAAGGGCAAGCUCAGCAUGUUGGUCCUGCUGCCGUCUCCCUCAGAGGAUAACCUGAAGGGCUUGGAAGAGCUUGAAAGGAAUAUCACCUAUGAAAAAAUCAUGGCCUGGAGCAGCUCAGAAAAUAUGUCAGAAGAAACAGUAGCCGUCUCCUUCCCCCAGUUCACGCUGGAAGACAGCUAUGAUCUCAAUCCUGUCCUCCAGGACAUGGGCAUCACAGACAUCUUUGAUGAAACGAAGGCUGACCUUACUGGAAUCUCUCCAAGUCCCAAUUUGUACCUGUCAAACAUUGUCCAUAAAGCCUUUGUGGAGGUGGAUGAAAAUGGCACCCAGGCAGUGGCAGCCAGUGGGGUUGUCGGCGUGGAAAAGUCCUUAGUGUCCUGGGAGACGUUUAAUGCUGAUCGCCCUUUCCUCUUUUUCAUCAGACACAACAAAACCCAGACCAUUCUCUUCUAUGGCAGGGUUUGCAGUCCUUGAAGGGAGCACACUGCCUAGUACUUGGGAGCUGGAAGAAAGUGGCAAUACUGUCUUCCCUGGUAGAACAUGGGCGUUUGUUCUUUUUGCUCACAUCGAAAGCUGACCGAAUUCCAUCACAAUGCCACGCUCCCAUCUUCCAGCCAUUGGUCCUCGCUCGUCCUGACCUUUCCCUCACCCUGUAGCAGAUUUUCAUCUAAGUCCAUUAGUAUUGAAGGGCCCUUGCUCCUCCCUGAGCUUUCGAGCACAUACAUUCACCCUCUGUGAUCUGAAGGUCAGCAGCAUUGUGGAUGAUAUUGCUUCUAAGUUACCUACCUCCUUAUGAAGGAAUCCUGAAAGUUCAAGUCCUUAGACCACUUCUAGGAAAUGGCAAACUCAGAAAACACUUUUCCGUGGAUGGCAAGAGAAAAUGUCUAAAUGGCAUGUGCUUUGGAAACUCAGCUCUAUUUCUGCAGUACUUAAAAUCCUGUGCACCCCUGGCAGGAUGCCGUGCCUCCCCCUCUUCCAUCUUCUGCUGCGGAGAGGACGUCCUGGGAGGCUCUUCUCACUUGGGAGAAAGUACAGCGUGCGGGUAGAUUUAAGGAUGUCAGACUCCUCCACCAGCAUGCAUUUGGCACAGAGCAGGGGAAUGGUAUUUGUCUUGUGAAUCUGACAUUGACUCAGAAGAGCGGCAAGUCGAUUUAAAAGAGGUUAGUGUUUUCCCUCUUGAGACUCCGAGGCCAUCAUCAUAAACCACUUCCCUUGGUCUCUUCUCCACCCCCGUCCUAGAGAAGCCUUCUGUUGUGCCUCCUAAAUGCCCAGCAUGUCGAGGUUGGGAGGGAAGCCGGGCUCCUCCUUCUCCUCUCUCUGUCCUCUGGCCUCACAAGGGCAGGCCUGGACAUGAUGCACAUGGAUGCCCCUUGCCAGGAAGGCUGGUGGCUUCCUCUCAAGCACUAGUCCACUGAAGGCCUGACACCGGAGUCUUUAAGACUCCAGGAGAUGGGACUUCAGUUCUUUGAUGGUGAGUCUGAGUUCUUGGUCUCUGCCUUAGCUGCACGCCUAACUUGGAAUCCGGCAGUCUCUCCUCUUACAGGUGAAUUUCUAGUCUUGUUUGUGGCCCAGAUUCCCAGCCCGAAGGCCGUCCUCCUCCCAGAUGCCACUGUGCUGGCCGGGUGUGGCGGUAGCAGUUUUUGGGGGAGGAGGUAGGUUGACUUCACCCACUGGCCCUCCCCUCGUUCUCUCACUAGUGAUUUCUUUGUGCCGUGAAAGACUAGCGCCACGAUCUCUGUUCAGGCUUCUCAUUGUCCAAGCUGUUCAUGGGGUAAAAAAACUUCUCAUUGAUAACGUGACCCAGUUCUUCCUAGUCCUCUACCCGGAGUGCAUGUCCCACAAGUCAGAUUUAUCUCAGAUAAUCAAAUAUUUAGUCUCUCCUGCGGUUGCUUUUGGGGUCGAUGUCUUGAGGGCUGAUUCCACACUGACCUGGCGUGACAGCUGGACACGGGGUGAACAACCGUGACCCACGUUUAAGUCUGGCAUUGCCCAGCGUUGCUCUUGGUCCACUUCUUUUCCUUAACAAGCACAUUUUCUCAUUUGUGUUGGGAUUUUUCAAAAUUUUAAACACAAGGGAAAAAUGUAUCUCUUUACAAUAAUGAGAAAAAGUGUGUUUCUUUAGUCUUUCGGCAAAUCGGUAAACACGUCCUUUACUGACCUUUGAUUGAUUAAAAUGUUUCCUAAUCAG